AGCUGGGUCUGAGCAUCGCCAGCCCUCCUCCAGGAGACUGUUGCAGUCGGCCAGCCGCUGCUCCACUGUAACCAUGUGCGACCGAAAGGCGGUGAUCAAAAAUGCCGAUAUGUAGGAGUAGAUGCAACAUGACUCCGUGGAAUGUGCUACUCAGACGUUGGAGAAAUAUAACAUAGAAAAGGGCAUUGCGGCCCAUAUUAAGAAGGAGUUUGACAAGAAGUACAACCCCACCUGGCACUGCAUCGUGGGGAGGAACUUCAGUAGUUACGUGACACAUGAAACCAAACACUUCAUCUACUUCUACCUGGGCCAAGUGGCCAUUCUUCUGUUCAAAUCAGGUUAAAA